CCGGGUCCUGCGUCGCCCCGGAAGCCCGCGAGUUCCGGAAGCCCGGGCUGCCCAGGUUCUGCUAGGAAAAGCCAAGCUUCCGAGGAAAUGUUUCCGAGGAAGUUCGGCGGAGCGGGGCGUGUCGCCGACUCCUAAGCUCCUGACUAGCAUGAGGCAAGGAUUUCACAGAACUUGCAGCCAAAAUCCCCACUGCCAUCAGCUCAGAAGUCUUACCGGAGCUCCAGGAAGGGGGAACCGGUGAGGUUGCCCGGAAUGUGAGAAGCACUCCUGUCAUAGUAUAUCUGGUGCGGAGGGAAAGAGCACUAAACAUCUAGCUCUUUGGAGGAGGCAUGGCUUCUGGAGAAGAGAAAGCACAGAGCACACACAGGGUGCUGAGGAUCAGCCAGUUGGAUGCACUUGAACUGAACAAGGCCCUGGAGCAGCUGGUCUGGUCCCAGGUCACUCAGUGCUUCCACGGCUUCCAGCCGGGGCUGCUGGCCCGCUUUGAACCCGAGCUGAAAGCCCUCCUGUGGCUUUUCCUGUGGCGCUUCACCCUCUACUCCAAGAACGCCACCGUGGGCCAGUCGGUCUUAAAUAUUCAGUACAAAAACGACUUCUCCCCGGGCCAGCGGUACCAGCCCCCGAGCAAGAACCAGAAGCUCUGGUACGCCGCCUGCACCAUCGGCGGGAAGUGGCUGGAGGAGCGCUGCUACGAUCUUUUCCGAAGCCAUCACUUAGCCUCCUUUGGGAGAGCCAAGCAGUGUCUGAACUUCGUGGUGGGCCUCGUGCAGCUCGGGGGCCUGAUUAACUUCCUGAUCUUCCUCCAGAAGGGCAAGUUUGCAACUCUGACGGAACGCCUGCUCGGCAUCCGCUCCGUGUUCUGCAAGCCCCAGCACGCGCGGGAGGUGGGCUUCGAGUACAUGAACAGGGAGCUCCUCUGGCACGGCUUCGCCGAGCUUCUCAUCUUCCUCCUGCCGCUCAUCAACACCCAGAAGCUGAAGGCCAAGUUAUCUUCCUGGUGCAUCCCCCUCGCCGGCGCCCCGCACAGCGACAGCGCCCUGGCCAGCAGCGGCAAGCAGUGCUCCCUGUGCGGCGAGUGGCCCACCAUGCCCCACACCAUCGGCUGCGAGCACAUCUUCUGCUACUACUGCGUGAAGAGCAGCUUCCUGUUUGACAUGUUCUUCACCUGCCCCAAGUGUGGCACCGAGGUCCACAGCGUGCAGCCGCUGAAGUCGGGGAUCGAGGUGUCGGAAGCGAAUGCGCUUUAGAAACUGAAAACCCUUGUCUGUGCAGAGAACCGUGUUGCGUUGACAUCCUCGGAAUCAGUCACCCUGAGCACACCGUGCAGAUGUCUUUUAUGAGAACAUGUGCUGCUCAGCCGCUGAGUUCUGUUCCUCGCCAGACCCGACUAAAAUCUCAUCACCGGGAUCCAUGGGUUUCUAAGUGUAUUCUGUAAAUGUGAAUGUGUUCUUCUCUUUAAUGAUUGCAUUCGGUGUUUAAGGUCAGGAGCAAUGGGCAGUUUUUGUCUGAUGCAUACCAACAAUGUUUCUUCACUUUGUACUUCCUAGAACAAGGUUAGACUCUAAAAAUAAAAAGUGUUGGAGCCUGGGA